CCUUUCCCCCGCUUUCACUUCAGGCUGGAGAAUUAACUUCCGGUUUGGGGCCUUGGAAAGCCUGGAGGGCCGUUCGUCUGUUCUCGCGGUGCCGCGUGAGGGGAAAAGGGAGUUCUCGCGGUGGCGGUCGUCAUGGCAGCGGCUGCGAGGCCCAGCGCCGGCGAAGCGGCCUCGGCUCCCGAUGAGGGGGGCGGCGGAGGAGGAGGAGAAGAAGGCGGCAGGGAGAGUCCUCCUGGCUUGGAGCCGCGACGGGAGGACGAGGACGAGGCGCCGGGGAGCGGCGGCAACGCCAACCCCAACCACCCGCCCUCGUCGCCGGGGCCCCGCGAAGCCGAGGUCGCCGUGGAGAUCGGGGAGACCUACCUGUGCCGGCGCGCGGACGGGACCUGGCAUUCUGCAGAGGUGAUCCAGUCUCGAAUAAAUGAACAAGAAGCCAGGGAAGAAUUUUACGUGCACUAUGUUGGAUUUAACCGUCGCUUGGAUGAGUGGGUGGAUAAAAACCGCCUGGCCCUCACCAAGACAGUCAAAGAUGCGGUGCAGAAGAACACUGAUCAGUACAUGAAUGAAUUGUCUGAGCAGCCAGAGCGCAAAAUCACUCGCAACCAAAAGCGCAAACACGAUGAAAUCAACCAUGUGCAAAAGACCUAUGCUGAGAUGGAUCCCACCACUGCAGCUUUGGAAAAGGAACAUGAAGCUAUCACCAAGGUGAAAUAUGUAGACAAGAUCCACAUUGGAAACUUUGAGAUUGAUGCAUGGUAUUUUUCGCCGUUCCCAGAAGACUACGGAAAGCAGCCCAAGCUGUGGAUCUGCGAGUACUGCCUCAAGUACAUGAAGUUUGAGAAGACUUACCGCUACCAUCUUGGACAGUGCCAGUGGCGGCAACCCCCAGGGAAGGAGAUCUACCGGAAGAACAAUAUUUCUGUGUAUGAGGUGGAUGGCAAAGACCACAAGAUUUACUGCCAGAAUUUGUGUCUCUUGGCCAAACUUUUCCUAGACCACAAGACUCUCUACUUUGAUGUGGAACCCUUCAUCUUCUACAUCCUCACCGAGGUUGACAGACAAGGGGCCCAUAUUGUGGGCUACUUUUCCAAGGAGAAAGAAUCGCCAGAUGGCAACAACGUGGCCUGCAUCCUCACCUUACCACCAUACCAGAGGCGUGGUUAUGGAAAGUUCCUCAUUGCUUUCAGCUAUGAACUAUCAAAGUUGGAAAGUACAGUUGGCUCCCCAGAAAAGCCCCUUUCGGAUCUCGGCAAGCUGAGCUACCGUAGCUACUGGUCGUGGGUACUGCUGGAGAUCCUUCGGGAUUUCCGGGGGACGCUCUCCAUCAAAGAUCUCAGCCAGAUGACAAGCAUCACACAAAAUGACAUCAUCAGUACUCUUCAAUCGCUGAACAUGGUGAAGUACUGGAAGGGCCAGCAUGUCAUCUGUGUCACCCCCAAGCUGGUUGAGGAGCACCUCAAAAGCGCCCAGUACAAGAAGCCUCCCAUCACAGUGGAUUCUCUCUGUCUCAGAUGGGCACCUCCCAAACACAAGCAGGCCAAGAUUUCCAAGAAGUGAAAAAGAAGCGGAUAUGAGAAAUGGAAGGGGCUCACCCCCAGUACACACCAACCAUUUAUUUUAAGAGAUGCUCUAAUACCAAGUAUCUGUCUUGGUCUUGCAUUGAUCAGACAUACUUUCAACGGAUGGGUUGGUCGAGAGCGCAGGGGUUCUCCACCAGUUUUGUAACAGUUCAGCUGGAGUGCUGUGCCUUGCUUCCUCCAUUUAUGCCCAGUACCCUAACACUAUUGAAAGUUAGGUUGUUUUCCCCCCUUAGGGUGUGAAAAUCUACCGAAAGGUCAUCUGUCUUACUGAUCGCAGAAGGAUGUGGGAAGUCUGGGUCACUUGGCUUGUUUUGGUGGAGAGAUCAAUAAUUUCUCUCACUUAUGCAGACAGUAGUAACUUAGAAAAAAGACUGAUAGCGUUGCAGUUUAGUUUGUCUUGCGUCUCACAGUCAAAAGAGUUUUAAAGAUGCUGCCAACUAUUAGGGGAAACACUUGUUACAACCAGACACUUGUGGUCUUCAGAUAUUUCUAGUUCAAUAGACUGCUGGUAAGAGUCCGAACUUACAUUCUGCCAAUCCAUCAAAAAUGGUUUUCCAAGGGAAAUGUGGCAAGCAAGAGAAAUCACCUUCAGCUUUGAGCCUGCCUCCCCCCCGAGUCAUCAUGGUGGUAGGAAACCAAAAAUAACCUGGGUGGUUCUAAAUUACUAAUGAGGGGGGGCAACUUUGCUUUGAAUGCCCUUUUAAGUGACAGCCCGGAGUGAACUGCUAUGUUUUUAGUCAUCUGUUGCAGAGACAACUUGUCAUAAACUUAAAAUGGAUUUUCUGGAGGGGAAAUAAAAAGUCUGUUGAGCACAAUGGAACCUACAUAGGAAGAUUGCAAACAGUCUUCAUAUAAUAAUAUUUUACUAAGAUAUUUACACACCUUUCUUUUACACUGGGCCAGUAGUGAUGGAAAGCAGUUGGGCUCUGAAUUGGAUAUGCCAAGAAGAAGUAAAUAUCCAUUUUGUGAUCUUUCUACAGCUUUUAGGACUCGUAUUCCAUGUAUGCAGUGUGUUUUGUUACUUUCAGAAGUAUUUUUAAGUAAUAAAAAAACACAAAAGAAGUGAA